AUGGAAACCAACAUAAGGAUCAACAAUGCUGCAGACAUCUCUGUUAUCGUCAUCUAUUUUUUGGUAGUCCUGGCAGUGGGACUAUGGGCUAUGUACUCAACCAACCGAGGGACAGUAGGUGGAUUUUUCCUGGCUGGACGAAGCAUGGUCUGGUGGCCGAUUGGUGCUUCUCUGUUUGCCAGUAACAUCGGCAGUGGACAUUUUGUGGGAAUAGCAGGAACAGCAGCAGCUGGAGGAAUUGCCAUCGGAGGAUAUGAAUGGAAUGCUCUGAUAUUUGUGGUUGUUCUAGGAUGGCUGUUUGUACCCAUCUACAUCAAAGCUGGGGUGGUGACCAUGCCAGAGUAUCUGAGGAAGCGUUUUGGUGGGAAACGGAUUCAGAUCUACCUGUCAGUCCUUUCUCUGAUCCUGUAUAUUUUCACAAAGAUCUCAGCAGAUAUCUUCUCUGGAGCUGUAUUCAUACAGUUGGCCAUAGGGCUGAAUCUUUAUUUGGCCAUAAUUAUCCUGCUUGCUAUUACUGCUCUUUAUACCAUCACAGGUGGCCUUGCAGCUGUGAUUUACACGGACACUUUGCAAACAUUUAUCAUGGUAGUGGGAUCCUUUAUUCUUAUGGGAUUUGCAUUUGCUGAAGUAGGAGGGUAUGAUGCUUUUAUGCAGAAGUACAUGGAAGCAAUUCCAUCCAAUAUCUCCUAUGGGAAUACCACAAUCAGUGCAGAAUGCUACACUCCUCGGAAGGAUUCCUUUCACAUCUUCCGGGACGCGGUCACCGGAGAUAUGCCCUGGCCAGCCCUCACCUUUGGCUUGAGCAUCCUCGCCAUGUGGUACUGGUGCACGGAUCAGGUUAUUGUCCAAAGAUGUCUCUCUGGAAAGAACAUGUCCCAUGUGAAGGCUGGUUGUAUCAUGUGUGGAUACCUGAAACUCUUGCCCAUGUUUAUUAUAGUGAUGCCUGGAAUGAUCAGCCGAAUUUUGUAUACAGAUGUGGUGGCUUGUGUUGUGCCUGAAGUCUGCCAGCAGUACUGUGGCACUGCAGUUGGCUGUACAAAUAUUGCUUAUCCAAAGAUGGUAGUAGAGCUUAUGCCAAAUGGUCUGCGGGGUCUGAUGUUGUCGGUCAUGUUGGCCUCCCUUAUGAGCUCCCUGACUUCCAUUUUUAACAGUGCUAGUACUUUGUUCACGAUGGACAUUUACACCAAAAUUCGAUCACGACCAUCUGAGAAGGAGCUUAUGCUAGCCGGGAGGUGA